AUGGGACUACCGAGUACCGACCCUCCCCCGAAGAUAGAGCCGGGGACGCAGAACUGCAUCUGCACUAUCAAGUGGCGGAGGCCGAAUGACCCUGAGGCCUUUACGUGGUACUACAAAACGGACUGUCCUGUCUUACUGGACCAGCAUACGCGUCAUCGGGAGAUAUUCACACAGGCCCUGGAUGGCGGCUUCGGAUUUGCAAGGGACCCGGAGGGAGGUAGGAUUAUCAUCAGCGACGGCAAGGAUAUCGAGUUGCGGCGAGACUCAUUGCCACCUGCACUCAUCAGAGUGACUGUCGAGGACCAGUGCAAAUCGUCACACGAGGCCAUCGCCGACCCUGACCACCGCGGACAGACGCGCACCCACCUACCUACCCUGCACAGGAUACCAGACCGACGGGACUUGCUUAUCAAGCAUCGAGGUCAGCUGACCACGCGCAUGGGACAGACGUCACCCAGCCAAGUGGACCUUGCCUUUCCCACUGGAUUGACCACAAACGAUUUGGGAAUCGUCUCUCUAUCAUCCGAGGUCGGCCAUCAUAUGAUGGAGCAUGACCAGGUCUCUCGUCAGCCCAACUUCUCCACCGCGGCAGGUGGCAUGAGGCUAGUAGCGGAACACCUGGAGCUGUGUGAGAACUUGCCGGCGGUCGAAGGCGGUGCUCGCCUCAUGCAGAGGAUGGACACCAUUUUGGAGCGCUUGGCGACAAUGGAGCAGGCGAUGCGCCGUGGCUUUUUGGAUGUCGGCCAGAGAGUGGACGCGUUAGACCGCAAGGUCACUGUUACGAACAAGAACUUCACGGCACGCAUGCAGAACAGCAUUGUCGUUCACGAAAGUGUCGAGCUGGCGCCUCUCUAUAGUGCCCAAACGGGGGAUCUGGUCCCCGGAUGUCCAAGGAAGCUGGCUGAUCUAGACAGACUAUCAGCUCAAGAGGCGGCGGAGCUGCUACGUCAGCUGGAUGAACCCGUGCCGAGAACAGUAGAUCAGAGAAGGAGCCAGCUGAGGCAUGCUUUUGGCGUGAGGACGCGGGCCGCAUGA